GAUUAGUCUGUCCUUCGGGGGAGCGGUCGGACUGAUGUUCCUGAUGCUCGGAUGUGCCCUUCCCCAGUACAAUCAGUACUGGCCACUUUUUGUUCUGUUUUUUUACAUCCUGUCUCCUAUCCCAUACUGCAUAGCAAGAAGAUUAGUAGAUGACACUGAUGCUACAAGUAAUGCCUGCAAGGAGCUAGCAAUAUUUCUUACAACAGGCAUUGUUGUCUCAGCAUUUGGGCUACCAAUCGUGUUUGCCAGAGCAGAACUGAUCUACUGGGGCGCGUGUGCGCUUGUUCUUACGGGGAAUACGGUCAUCUUUGCCACCAUCCUAGGAUUUUUCUUGGUCUUUGGCAGCAAUGACGACUUCAGCUGGCAGCAGUGGUGAAGGGAAGACGAGAGAACUAUCACAGGCAUCUUGUCAUGCAGUGGCCAUCCAUACAAAUGAGAGAAUGGGCAAUAAAGAGAAGUAGCGUAGCAAGCCUCUUGAGUAUUCUAGAUGCUCCUUUUCACCUUGUUCGUUCUGAGUAUAUUACUGUUGCUGACAGGGUUCCUACAUUUUUCAUGAAGUGGAGAGAUGAUUGAUUUCAUUUUUACCUAUGGUAUGUUUUUAGGUGCUCUCUUGGUUUAAAAUUGUCGUCCUUCUGUCCGGUGUUUAUGUGAAGCUUUAAAUCUGAAACAAGAACAUUUAAACAUGGUUUCAAAGAAGAUUUAAAGUU